AUGGGCUCUAGAACAGCUUUUGUGGUUGCAUUCCUCAUAAGGUUCCUGUAUGGAGGCAUGCAGAUUGUAACAAAAGAUGCAUUCAAUGAAGGCAUGAGCACAUCUGUUUUUGUUUUCUACAGGCAUGUCAUUGCCAUCCUGUUCUUAGUUCCUGUUGCCUUUGUGCUGGAAAGGAAAACUGCUCCACCACUGUCAUUCAAAAUCUCCCUGAAGCUAUUUGUACAUGCAUUAUAUGGGAUUUCUGGGGCUAUAAACAUAUAUAGCCUUGGUCUCAGUUAUGCCUCAGCAACAUCAUCAUCUGCAAUAUUUAACCUUCUACCAGUGGUGGCCUUCAUUUUGGCUCUUAUGUUGAAGAUGGAGUCACUGAACUUGAGGAGGAUCCAUGGAAUUGCAAAAGUUUCAGGUGUAGUAUUCUGUAUUAUUGGUGUUAUCGUACUUGCGUUCUACCAAGGUCCUGAGUUCAAAUCUUUCGAUCAUCACCGUCUUAUUAACCACACGAAUACUGUCUAUGCUGGGGCUACUUCCCAAUCUACAAAGACAUGGAUAUUAGGAAUUUUUCUGACGAUUUUAUCGACAACAUCUUGGGCACUGUGGACAGUGCUUCAGGGGCCUAUGUUGGAGGCAUAUCCCUCUAAGCUUCUCAACACAACCAUCCAGAUAGUCUUUGCAACAAUUCAGUGUUUCUUCAUCGCUCUAGCGGUUGAGAGAGAUUUUUCGCGAUGGAAGCUGCGACUGGAUGAAGGUCUGAUUGCUGUGAUCUACUCAGGUGUACUUGUCUCUGGAGUCGCAUAUUACAUGCAAGUAUGGGUGAUUGAAAAGAGUGGGCCCGUUUUUUUGGCCAUGACAAUGCCCAUAACCUUGCUUGUGACAAUAAUGCUGUCCUCAUUUGUCUUAGGAGAAGCAGUCACCCUAGGAAGCAUAAUAAGUGGAGUGGUGAUGGUCGGUGGUCUUUAUUGCGUUCUUUGGGCAAAGAAAAGUGAGCAAGCAGCUGUCAGUAAGCAACAGAUGGCAGUUCCAGUCCAGGCAACACAAGUUUAGGCUAGUUUCAAUAGUCAAUAGUGCUACGUCCGUUUCAUACGUAAAAAACUUUUUUUAUUGUCUAGAUUUAUUUAGAUAAUAA